GUGUGCUCACGGGUGGCGCGGGCAUGGCACCAGCUGCUACAAGAAGAUGGCAGUCCCCAACGGUUGGCUCGGCGCCUGGCACCACUGCGUCUCUGAGGGCGGCAACCUGGUCUCGAUCACCUCCUCGGCCGAGGAAGACUUUGUGAAGGCCACCAUGGCCAAGUACAACCACUUCUGGCUGGGACUCUCCAACCAGAAAUGCGACAAGGUCUGGUGUCGCUUUGAAGGCGGGAGCCAGAAGGUGGCCUGGUCCGAUGGCGAGACAAUAAAGCACACCAACUGGGCCCCAAAUCAACUCGAAAGCGCCGACGUCGCGUCCUGCGCCUACGUCGACCAAAAGGUUUGGAAGAAUUCCGGGAAGUGGAGGUCUGGCUCCUGCGCUUCCUCCUUAGCCUACAUGUGCAAACGGCCGCUGGACUGCCCGACGUGUUCCCCCAAAAGUGGUCCUGCUGUAGUGAAGACUUCUGACUGCGACGAUGGCAACGUCCUUUCUGGCGAUCAUUGCUAUUUUCAUGGCCCGAGUCCUGCAACUCAAGAGGAUGCUGAGGAGUUCUGUCUCGCCCGGGGAGCCCAACUGCCUCGCGUCCACUCUAAGCGAGAUGGCCAAUUCCUGUCUGAUCACUUUCAAAGUAGUCAUUAUCCUUGGGUGGGACUCAAGAAGAAGGGCAACGACUACAAGUGGAGUGACGGAACAGCUUUGGACUACGAAGACCUCAAUGACAGACGCUACUCCUGUGGUGACUGCGCAUUCAUGACUUCUGACGCACAGAUCAACCUGAACUACAGAUGCCAAUACAAGCAACUGGACUGA